AUGGCGGCCCAGUUCGAGAACCUACCAGACGAGCUCAAGCUCGCAACGGCGGCUCAUGUGAAGUACAUCCAAAGCCUAGAUACCCGCAAAGACGAGUACGACUACUGGCUGACGGAGCACCUUCGCCUCAAUGGUCUCUACUGGGGCCUAACUGCGCUUCACCUGCUCGGCCAUCCUGAUGCGCUUCCCCGCGCCGAGACGAUAGACUUCGUCCUCUCGUGCCGGCACGAGAGCGGAGGCUUCGGGGCCGCGCCCGGCCACGACGCUCACAUGCUGUAUACAGUUAGUGCUGUACAGAUCCUCGUCAUGAUCGACGCCUUGGAUGAGCUGGAGGCCCGCGGCAAGGGGAAGGCGCAAGUAGGCAAGUUUAUCGCAAAUCUUCAGAACCGCGAGAGCGGAACGUUUGCUGGUGAUGAGUGGGGUGAGGAAGACACCCGCUUCCUGUACGGCGCGCUGAAUGCCCUGUCGCUUCUCGGACUGCUUGAUCUGGUGGAUGUUGAGAAGGCUGUUACGCACAUCGCUGCUUGCACCAACUUCGACGGCGGCUACGGUGUGAGUCCCGGUGCUGAGUCGCACUCGGGUCAGAUCUUCACUUGCCUCGCGGCUCUGUCCAUUGCUGGCCGGCUGGACCUCGUGGAGAAGGACAAGCUUGGCCGAUGGUUGAGCGAGAGACAAGUGGCUGCUGGCGGUCUCAAUGGACGUCCCGAGAAAGACGAAGAUGUGUGCUACAGCUGGUGGGUGCUGAGCAGCCUGAGCAUCAUCGACCGUACGCAUUGGAUCGACCGGCAGAAGCUCAUCACCUUCAUCUUGAAAUGCCAGGACACGGAACUCGGCGGCAUCUCGGACCGGCCUGGGAACAUGGUGGACGUAUGGCACACGUUGUUCGGGCUGACAGGACUUAGCUUGCUUGGAUACCCGGGAAUGGUGGAGGUUGAUCCGGUGUACUGCAUGCCCAGGUCGGUGACCAAGAAGGCGCUGGGAAAGUGA